CGUUUCCAGCCAAUCACACACAGGCAAAGAACUUGUGGUAACACAGUAACCUAUUAGCCUUUCAGCUUAUCUAGUUUUGUAGGGGCCUAACAAAUAAACAACUGUAAUAAAGUUCUGCUAAAAUAAUUUAAAACAAGUUAUCAUUUUAAUAAGAUAAAUGUUCUGGAAGACUUUGUAUAAUUUCAGAGUGGAUAUGUUGACCCUCGUUUUUGUGUGCCUCUCUAUCUCAGUUACAGGCCUGCAUGCUGCUUUUACGGUUACUGUUGGUAGCCCCUCAGUAAAAGUCAAAGAGAAUGAGGGAGUUGACUUGAAAUGUUCCUACACUGCUGACUUUGGAGCAACACCCAGAAUAGAAUGGAAGUUCAAGGAUCUCAAGGGCUAUCAGUUUUUCAUCUACUUUGCUGGAAUGAUAACUGCUGAAUAUGAGGGCCGUAUCACUGUGUAUAAUGGAGGACUGAGAUUUAACAAGGUGACGCGAGCAGACAGUGGAGACUAUGACUGUGAGGUUUCUGGCAAUGGUGGAUAUGACGAGAAGACCAUCAAGCUUACGGUCCUUGUUCCUCCUUCCAAGCCUGUAUCCAGAAUUCCUUCAUCGGUCACAACAGGCAGUAACGUCCGCUUGACCUGCUUCGACGCAGAUGGCUCCCCUCCAUCCACCUAUAAGUGGUACAAAGACAACACUCCCCUCCCUGAGGAUCCAACCAAGUUCCCCAAUUUUAAGAACCUCACCUACAAGAUGAAUGUUUUCAAUGGUAACCUGGAGUUCCCGAUUGUGUCUAAACUGGAUACUGGUUCAUAUUUUUGCGAGGCCAGUAACGGAGAAGACACUCCUCAGCGUGGCGAUGCAGUGCUAAUGGAAGUCCGUGAUGUGGACAACAGUCAAGCACCAGCUGUGAAGGGCAGCUUGAGCACAGAGACCCAGAAUGUCCCAAGCAAGAUUACCAUGAACCACAUGCUGGAAAAACAAUAUGGUGUAUUCAUGUUGCAAGAGGUGAAACUAAAACUAGAGAUACAAAAGCUAGAAUUAGAAAUAACCAAGUUAAAGUUGGAGCUGCAAAAACUUGGACAAGAACCUUAAAUACCAUUCAACAUUGCUGCUCUGAAUCCAGGACUUUAUUUCAUGUCAUUAUUUCAAAUGUGUUUUGCUAAUCAAUUAAAUUGAUUACUGAAAGUACCAUGUUUAAUAUUUUCCACAAUAUAUAUAUACACAGGUGCAUCUCAAAAAAUUAGAAUACCGAGAAAAUGUAUUUAUUUUUGGUAACUCAUUUUAAAAAGUGAAAUGUUCAUAUAUUCUAGAUUUAUAACGUGUAAAGUAAAACAUUUCAAAAGUUUUUUUGUUUUAAUUUUAAUUAGAGCUUACAGCUCAUGAAAGUAAAAAAUCCAGUCUCAAAAUAUUAUAAUAUUUCCUAAGAUCAAUCAAAAAAGGAUCUGCAAAACAGAAAAGUUAAAGUUCUUUAAUUUAUACAUUCAAUACUUGGUCGGGGCUCCUUUAGCACAAAUUCCAGCAUCAGUGAGGUGUGGCAUGGAAACGAUCAGCCUGUGGCACUGCUGAGGCACUAUUGAGCCUUCAGCUCGUCUGGAUUGUUGGAUCGACUGUUUCUCAUCUUUCCCUUGAACAUAUCCCAUAGAUUCCAUAUGGGGUUCAGGUCAGGCAUGUUGGCUGGCCAAUCAAGCACAGUAAUAUCAUGGUCAGCAAACCACUUGGAAGUGGUUUUGGCACUGUGGGCAGGUGCUAAAGUCCUGCUGGAAAAGGAAAUCGGCAUCUCCUUAAAACUUGUCAGCAACUUGUGAAUAAAGUGCUCCAAAAUCUCCUGGUAGACGGCUGCAUUGACUUGAUAAAACACAAUGGACCAAAAUCAGCAGACGUCACGGCACCCCUAAUCAUCACUGAUUUCAGAAACUUCACACUGGACUUCAAGCAGCUUGGAUUCUGUGCCUCUGUGUCUUCCUCCAGACUCCAGACCUUGAUUUCCAAAUGAAAUGCAAAAUUUACUUUUAUCUGAAAAGAUGACUUUGGACCACUGAGCAACAGUCCAGUUCUUUUUCUCCUUAGCCCAGGUAAGAUGCUUCUGACGUUGUUUCUGUUUCAGAAGUGGCUUGGUAGCCCUUUUCCUGAAGACGUCUGAGCGUGGCGACUCUUGAUGCACUGACUCCAGCUUCAGUCCUCUCCUUGUGAAGCUCUCCCAAGUGUUUGAAUUGGCUUUGUUUGACAGUAUUCUCAAGUUUGCGGUCAUCCCUGUUGCUUAUGCACCUUUUCCUACCCAAUUUCUUCCUUCCAGUCAACUUUGCAUUUAAUAUGCUUUGAUAAAGCACUCUGUGAACAGCCACCCCUUUCAGUAAUGACCUUCUUUGACUUACCCUCAUUGUGGAGGGUGUCAAUGAUUGUCUACUGGACCAUUGCCAAGUCAGCAGUCUUCCCCAUUAUUGUGGUUUCAAAGAACAAGAGAUACCCAGAAUUUAUACUGUAGGGAUGGCCAUUUAAACGAAACUCAAAUGUAAAUAUUCUAAUAUUUUGAGAUACUGGAUUUUUGACUUUCAUGAGCUGUAAGCUCUAAUCAAAGUUAAAGCAAAUGAAAUGUUGAAAUGUUUUACUUUACAUGUAAUAAAUCUAGAAUAUUUGAAAGUUUCACUUUUUGAAAUUACCGAAAAAAAAAAAAUGCACCUGUAUAACAUGUUUAAAUUAGUUGUUGUUUCAAUUUUCUCUUUUAGUCAAACACUGUUUUUUUACAACCAUUUGUCAGACAUUUAGAUUUAUUUUCUUCUUCUGCCUGUGAAUUCCGAAACUGGUUCUUUUAAAUUUGAGUAUUUGGAGAAUGGAAGCUGUCUCUAGAAUUGAAAAUGACAGUCAUAUUGUUUGUAUUUCUUACCUUGCCAUAUGGUGCAGAACAAUGCAUGCACAGAUUAUGUUGCACAACCUGUCUCCAAAGUACUCCAAAACAACUUUCGGUAACAUUUGAUAAAUGUUUUUCUUAAACUGGUAUGGAUUAAAACUAUACUGUUGUUAUUAAUUGUUUAUCAAGUUUAUCAAUGUAACAUUUCGGCAACAUUAACUUGUAAACAACAUGCGUGCUGUAUGUGAAGUAGUUAUUCAUAUUCCACAUGAUUUAAUUGUGAUGUUGGGGGAUGUCACUGCAUUGCACUGUUUUCUAUCAUCAGUUCAAUAUGAAAGCCAUAUCACUGUGUAAUGGAGGACUGAGGUUUACCGAGGUGACGCAAGCAGACACUAGAGAUAUUAUGGCUGUGAGGUGUCUGGCAAUGGUGAAAAAUAUUGGUUAAAAAGAUCCAAACAAGUUGUGUGCAUUUCACAGCAAACAGAGCUCCCUCCUCACCUGGACACCAGGGAGGAGAUGGCGGAUUUGAUGACCAUGGGUGGAGCUAGCAGAUCAGCUGGCCUGGGUGGAAUUGGUGGAUCAGGCUGCCAUGGAGGAGUAGGCAGAGCAGAAGACCUCCACGGUGGCAAAGGCAGAGCUGGAGAUUACCACAGCGGCACAAGCAGAGCAGAAGAGUUUGAGCUUGAGGAGCAUAGCUCCCCCUAAAUAAUGUUUAGGGAGUAGCCAUGUUGGAUCCUCCUCCACCUCCCCCACAGUAAAGGAGAAUUCACUUAGUUGGAGAGUGAGCUACACAAACUCGCAGAAGGUCCCUUGAGGACCAUAACUGAUUAGUUGUGAUUUUAAAUGUUUCAUUGAAUCCAGUACGGAAGAAGGUAAGGAUUUAACUGUGCGGAAAGUGAGUAUGGUAUGCCAAGUCCAAAAACUCACGGGUGUGGUCCUCAAAGGAACGCUCACCCUGGCGCAGGAGGAGAAGCUGCAUAUACCUGCUAGAUCCUAACGGUGAGUUGUUGUGUAAUGUUGAGGAGAAGCUGGGGAAAACAGGCAGAGGCUAUAUAAGCAUGGUUUUAAUGAGAAAAUGAAAACACUGCGAAACAAGGAAGAUAAAACUAGAGGUAAAAGUGCUAGAAUUAGAAAUAACCAAGUUACAGUUGGAGCUGUGAAAACUUGGACAAGAACUUCAAAUUGCAUUCAACAUCGCUGCUCUGAAUCCAAGACUUUUUUUUUAAUUUAAUUCAUUUAAAUGUAUAUACUGUAAGUGUUAACUAGAAUAUUCUAGUAUAGUCUAGUAUUUUUAGCACUGUGUUUAGUAUUUAACUACAAUGUUUUUUUAUCAAUCAUUUGUCAAACAAAGCAUCCAGGGGCCUGUACCAUGAUGGUAGAUGAACAAAUUCAGAGUUACAGGAUUAGUUUCGAGUUGACAAAACCAAACCACUCCAAUCCGGCUUUGUUGGUACCAUGAUGCUGAUCAUCAAUUUUCUUUGUCAACUCAGGCUUUGAUCCUAAGUUUGUGGAGCGUGUGCACAUGAAUGUGCGACAUCAGUGCCGAACAGCCAAUCACCUUUAACCUACGCCGUACCUGACGUGCACCUCUCCAAAAACCUAACAGCUAGUGAUGGGAAGUUCGGAUCAUUUUACUGACUUGGACCUUUGAGUCUCGUUCAGCAAAAUGAACGAAUCUUUUUUCGAGUCAUUUCGUUCAUUUUAGCAAAAUAUAAUUAAGAUGUUACGUGCUACUUCCCUAACACAUCUACUACUUAUGCAAACGUUGAUCACACUACAAACAAUACAAACUAUAAUGCUAUAAGAAACAGAAAAGAUUAAUUCAUCGUUUACCUGGGUCUUGAUUAGCUCACCUCACCUCUUAUCUGACAAGUUUUCGGGUUUGAGUCGUUCGUUCAUCACGUGACAGCCCCAUAAGUUAAACCAAUGCAGUCAGAGCCGGAAAGAGAAUUGAUUAGUUCACCUCCCGAGUCUUCGGGUUUGAGUCGUUCGUUCAUCACGUGACAGCCUCAUACACUAACCUAUGCAGUCAGAGCCGGAAAGAGAAUUGAUUAGUUCACCUGUUUCGAGUCAUCGGGUUUGAGUCGUUCGUUCUUUUGUCACGUGACCACUUGCCGGAUCAGUAAAAUACUAUAAAGUAAAACUGUAUUUUUUGUAUGUUGGAUCAUAUUUAAGAAUUAUCAUAAAAUUAUCAAAAUAUGUGUAAUAAGCAUUUUCCUAGAAAUAAAAAUGGUCUGUUCAUUUCUGUCACUAUAUGUUUUUGUUACUGUUUCUUGAGGAUCUGCGUUAUUUUAUAAAUAAAUAAA